AUGGCUCUGAUUAGAGGGCUAAUUCGGCGUCGGCUUGGGCAUCUCAUGGCACACUGUACGGCGCCAAAGAACUACGAGCUCGAUUAUUUGGCCAUUCGACUUGUCAACGAGCAGUACCAGAUGCUUGACAACAACAAGAGACAAUUAGCUAUUUUCCAGUAUGUGAGCUCGCAGUGGGAAGCCCAAGCGCCAGAGUACGUGUUUGCGUGGAAAGUCGAGACUGGUGAGGAAACUGAGCCUGGCACAUAUUUCAUUCCAUAUCCCAGACCUAGAGAGAGCAGCAGCCCGCCAGAUACGCACAAUACCGAUGCCCAACGUGUUGUGCUUGUCAGAAAGCGGUUGGGUGAUCUUUGCAGGUGGACAAGCAGUGCGUCCAAGCAAGCACUUAUAUUGACUCAAUCAAUCGAGAGAUUCCUCGAUGAAUUUUUACGCAACAGGUUGCCAGCCUCAAACAACGUUGCAGAAGUCGGUACUACGAGUGUCGUUAGACAUCCUCCCCAAAGUUCGACGACAGACUGUGACAAGAUGCCUCUUCCAGACAUAUCUGAACACUUGGAAGAAGAUGAGAGAAUAGAGUGGGAUAUUCCCUUCAGCUGCUCAAAUACAGGUGUCAAGACAGAGGUGAAAUUGCUUCUCAUCAGAGGUGGCAGCGGGCGAUGGAUGGUCGACUUGGCGGGAAUUGAAGCUGUAUUGUCUCUUUGGAUGGCCAAUCUGAACACGAGAAAUUCCCUGCAGGACAAAUAUCUGGAGACCGCAGACUGGCGACGCGCUGGAAUUGCUUCCAAUGUCGACUACUGCAGAAUCCUGGGCGAAAGGCGUGGUGGAGUGCUGAAGCGCGAUAUCUCGUGGUGGGUAAACGACCCAGAAAUACAUGAGGAGAAAGAGAUCCAAGAAGGAGAAGGCCCCGACACUGUGGCGACAGAAUCAGCCGCCAGGGGUCACCGAAGCAAUGAGAUCAAAAUUACCAUUGGAUUUUUGGAGUUGUCGACAGGUUUGCGUCCGACGGAGCCAACUAAAGCGUCCGACUUACUUUUGCAAUACUCAAACGCCGACCUGACGACUCUCACCGCCCAGCAUCUAUUUACCAGCUUUAUGUGGACCAUCGGAGAAUACAUUGCGCGACAGGUUUCUCAUCAAGAGUCACUCGAUAUCGGGGAACAUGUCAAAGUUCAACCAUCGAGCAACUUUGAUCUCCAUCCAAACAUGGGUAGAUUAUCGGGCAGGAAACUAAAUCAUGUGAACCUCACAAGAUUCGUUACUUAUGCUGAGAAGCAAGGACUUGGCACUGCAGACGAGAUCCUGCUGUGCAUCAUUCCCACACUUAGCUUUUAUGACUGUUUACCGAAUGACGCGGUCUUUGGAUGCGAUCAAGCUAAAAUCAAGCUUGCAGGAAGAUCAAGGUCGAAGGAAAUGACAUGUGGACGUUAA